AUGGAAUCUCCAGAGUGGGACACUGUCACAGGCCAAACCUGGACUUACCACUUCCCACACAUCCUCCAAGACAUCAGCGAGUGCACCUUCGUCGCCCUAGAUUUCGAGUUCUCUGGUAUCCCCACUUAUCAGGGAUCUCGGCGACAGACUCUUCAGGAAAGAUAUGCAGAAGUGAAAGAGGCAGCAGGAACUUACCAGAUCCUCCAGGUAGGACUUGCAAUUGUGAAGGAAGAUGCUAUCGCAGGAACAUACACAGUCAAGCCAUACAACAUUCAUCUAAGCCCUUUGAUUGAUUCUACACUACGUAUCGAUCGAACAUUUGGCUUCUCAAGCAGUGCCGUUCAGUUCUUACUGAAAUCUGGGUUUGACUUGAACGCACCCUUCCAGGAAGGCGUGCAUUAUCUCUCGACAAAAGAGGAGAAGAAAGUACUAGAGGAUGCCCACCAACAUAACAGCGGCCGAUCAGAGACGGGAACGACCGCUCAGAUGGUGCUGUCCAAGCGGGAUAGAGAAUCCGUGGCCUUUCUUGCUGAUGUGCGAAAGGACAUUGAAGCAUGGUUAAGUGUGGGUGAAGGUAGACGAGAGUAUCUGAACGUCCCAUCACGAGAUGCCACAUCCAGGAAUGGUAGACCGGCUACGACGAGCUUGAAUCGCUUCCAGAAAAGACUGGUGCAUCAACUCGUAGAGACUGAAUAUCCCUCCCUCACAUCUAUAGGAUGCCCUGACUAUAUCCGGAUCGUCAAAUACGACAAGGAAAGAGAAGAUAGAAUACGCCGAGAGAAGUUGAACCGCGUCGAAAAGCGUCUGUUAGAACUUCGUGGCUUCAGAUGGGUCAUUGAAGCGUUGACGGGCGGAGAUCUUUCCCAACUGACACCCCAGGCCUUUCAUCCUUUAGUUGGUGUUGUUGAAGAGGAAGAGGACGCAGCUGCUUAUUGGAAAAGAACCAUUGAUGCAUUGAAAAGUAAGAAUGGUCGAAUUCCGCUUGUUGGACACAAUCUGUUCAUGGACGUGGUUUACUUGUGGCAAUGCUUUUACGGUUAUCUACCGGACCAAGUGGAGGAAUUCGCACGGUUACUGCACGAAAAGUUUCCUAUGCUGAUUGAUACUAAAUACAUCUUUACUCAUGAUUGUGGCGAUAUGAAUCCCGUGGCAUCUUUGGAUGACAUAGCCAAAGCAUGCAAUCAUAUCACCAAGCCUGAAAUCAUAAUUAAUUCAAAACACACUCGAUAUCAGAACAAGACAUGUCCGCACGAAGCCGGAUACGACAGUCUUUUAACAGCUCAGAAUUUCAUCAAGCAAGCCGUACAAUUGCCUGGCGCCCGCCCGAGAGCGUCGCCAUUGCCAUCGAUAGACACGUUGAUACAGCAUACUAAACCUGUCUCGAUCCAGCCAGGGGGGGUUCACACAGCUAUCGCCAAUACGACUUCAACAAAGCAUACUGACGAUAAGAACCGUUCGACUACGAAUUCUGGCACUAAAUUUGCUGGCAGGAAUCUUUAUGGGGCCUUGGAAUCCAUUAGCCUUGAACCUACGGGCCCAGAGAGCGUCGACACAUUGACCAUGGCCAACUCUGGUCCAGAACUAAUCCCAUCCUUCUCAGCACCAGUAUGGAAAGUCUACGGAAACAAGCUUCGCGUUUUUGGGACGCAGGAGAGGGUCUUUAAAUUGGAUAGUAUAAGGCGGUGA